AUGACUCUAAUCGCAUCAACCUCUCCCUCAAGAAUUCUCUGAUACAAGAAAAUUUUCUCCAUAUCUUGACAAUGUCUGGUCGUGGAAAGGGUGGAAAGGGGCUGGGAAAGGGAGGAGCAAAGCGUCACAGAAAAGUUUUAAGGGAUAACAUCCAGGGAAUCACCAAGCCUGCGAUUAGAAGGCUAGCGAGGAGAGGUGGAGUGAAGAGGAUCAGCGGUCUUAUCUACGAAGAGACGCGUGGUGUUCUCAAGAUCUUUUUGGAGAAUGUUAUUCGUGAUGCUGUUACAUACACUGAGCACGCUCGUAGGAAGACUGUGACGGCCAUGGACGUUGUCUAUGCUUUGAAGAGGCAGGGAAGAACUUUAUAUGGAUUUGGUGGUUAGUAGAUCUAUGAGGUGUGUAGUGAAUAUUAUGCUUAAGCGAUUGUAAUGAAUCAUGUUAUUUUAGAACAAUUUGGUGCUGAAAAGUUUUCUGGUUGAGGAUAUGUAAUUGAUGAAUUUAUCAUCUGAUUUUAAUGAAAACAAGGCUAAUUGUUUAC